UUUCCCACCCCAGCCCGGCUCGCGCUCUCGGCAGUGCCGGGGGCGCCGCCUCCCCCAUGCCGCCCUCCGGGCUGCGGCUGCUGCCGCUGCUGCUGCCGCUGCUGUGGCUACUAGUGCUGACGCCUGGCCGGCCGGCCGCCGGACUGUCCACCUGCAAGACCAUCGACAUGGAACUGGUGAAGCGAAAGCGCAUCGAGGCCAUCCGCGGCCAGAUCCUGUCCAAGCUGCGGCUCGCCAGCCCCCCGAGCCAGGGGGAGGUGCCGCCCGGCCCGCUGCCCGAGGCCGUGCUGGCCCUUUACAACAGCACCCGCGACCGGGUGGCGGGGGAGAGCGCCGAGCCGGAGCCCGAGCCCGAGGCGGACUACUACGCCAAGGAGGUCACCCGCGUGCUAAUGGUGGAAAACAGCAACAAAAUCUAUGAGAAAAUCAAGAAAAGCCCGCACAGCAUAUAUAUGCUCUUCAACACAUCGGAGCUCCGAGAAGCAGUGCCCGAGCCCGUCUUGCUCUCCCGGGCAGAGUUGCGCCUGCUGAGGCUCAAGUUAAAAGUGGAGCAGCACGUGGAGCUGUACCAGAAAUACAGCAACGAUUCCUGGCGCUACCUCAGCAACCGGCUGCUGGCGCCCAGCGACACGCCAGAAUGGCUGUCCUUUGAUGUCACGGGAGUCGUGCGGCAGUGGCUGAGCCACGGAGGGGAAGUAGAGGGCUUUCGCCUCAGUGCCCACUGUUCGUGUGACAGCAAAGAUAACACACUGCAAGUGGACAUCAACGCAGGGCUCCGUUCCAGCCGCCGAGGUGACCUGGCCACUAUUCACGGCAUGAACCGGCCCUUCCUGCUCCUCAUGGCCACCCCACUGGAGAGGGCCCAGCACCUGCACAGCUCCCGGCAUCGCCGGGCCCUGGACACCAACUACUGCUUCAGCUCCACGGAGAAGAACUGCUGCGUGCGGCAGCUCUAUAUCGACUUCCGCAAGGAUCUGGGCUGGAAGUGGAUCCACGAGCCCAAGGGCUACCACGCCAACUUCUGCCUGGGGCCCUGCCCCUACAUUUGGAGCCUGGACACGCAGUACAGCAAGGUCCUGGCCCUGUACAACCAGCACAACCCCGGCGCGUCGGCGGCCCCGUGCUGCGUGCCGCAGGCGCUGGAGCCACUGCCCAUCGUGUACUACGUGGGCCGCAAGCCCAAGGUGGAGCAGCUGUCCAACAUGAUCGUGCGCUCCUGCAAGUGCAGCUGAGGCCCCGCCCCGCCCGGCAGGCCCCGCCCACCGGCAGGCCCGGCCCCGCCCCCGCCCGCUGCGCCGGGCUGUAUUUAAGGACACCGCGCCCCAGCCCCCCUCCCCCCGCCCCUGGGGUCCAUUAAAGGUGGAGAGAGGACUGGGGUCUCUGUGCGUGUCGUUGGGUCCCUGACUGGGGUCUCCCUCCCGGCAUUCUCGACGUUCCCUGGUUCCGGAUCCAUCUGCCCCCCCUCCUGUCUCUCUCCACCAUUCAUUUCCUCCCACAAACACCUGCAGAGCACUCCUGAAGUCCCAAGUACUCCCCGCGCGGCCGCUAGAUUUAUUUAUUGAGCACCUUGUGCCCUGUUCCAAAUGCCUUAUAUUGACUACUCGUGUAAUCACCAUAACAAAACUCUGAGAUAGUGUCAUCUGAGGUAACACUCACUUUAAAAAGGUGAGGAAGCCAGAGCCCAGCGAGGUUAAGGGAAUAGUUGCUGCCCACCAGGAACCUGCUUUCUGGGGAAGAGACAGAUGUGGGAAGUGACGCUAAGACAGGAAAGCAGGAUGGAGCGAGAGAUGGUUUGGGGGAGGAGGGAGGGCUCCUCGGAGGAGGCAGUCUGGGGGAGCACUGGGGGAGAGUGUUCUCGGUAGGAAGACCUAGGCACAGCCUGGCCAUGAGGAUGAACUUGGAGUAAGCGACACUGAGAGGAAAGGCCAAAUGUGGUUGGAAGGGAGGGACAAGGGGAAGGGUGCUGGGAGCUGAGUCAGUUGAUUAAUGCUCACAGGCCAGAGAGUAAUAAUAUUCCCCCUGCCAGGUAGGGCUGUAGGAGCUCCCCACAUUCUCCACACAGCCCAGCAGAGCAGGGGUUAGCAAAUUACCGCCUGCAGGCCAAUUCUGGCCCGCUGCCUGUGUCUGUAAAUAAAGUUUUAUUGGAGCACA